CUCAAAGCGCUGAAAUAUUUUUCUCUCAUAGUGGAACAUCUGGAAAAUUUUCAUUGAAACAAUUUUUACCGAGAGGUGAAACAUGUGAAAUAUUUCUCGAUAACACGGUGCAACACUAUCCGACGAUUUACACCAAAUUGAAUGUCCGACCUGUAGCAGUCUCCUGUUGCCUUAUCCGUGGGCUUUCAAAAUGUCAACGUACAGUACGCUCCAUCGGACUGGAGCGCGCGCGCGCGCGUCUUCCGACUCGGAAUUCGAAGUUUGGAUCCGACUCGGAAAUCCGAAUCCAUGGCUGAUCCCACCACCGCCGCCAUAAAUAUGGCGCGUCGCGCAUCUCCUCCUCCGGCAUCGAUCGAGCACCGCGCGCGCCUUCUUGACAUCUUGUUCCCGGUGCGGAUCGCCAAGAAACCUUCGUGCGGUUCAAAGCUUGUUCGAUUCGUUCGCGCGGGACCAUGGCGGCGGCGGCGGUGGCGGCAGAUCAGAAGGUGGUGACGAUGACGAGCCUCCGGGAGGGCUGCGCUUGCGCGGCGCCUCCUGCUGCAGCUGCGCCGCCGAUGCCGAAGAUGGCGGCGGCGCAGAGGGUGGUGGCGGAGCUGAGAGAAGCGUGCGCGACGCCGGCGGCGAGGCUGGCGGAGGUGGCCGCGGCGAUGGCCGGCGAGAUGGAGGCCGGGCUGGCGGUGGAGGGCGGCAGCAGCGAGAUGAAGAUGAUCGUGUCGUACGUCGACAGCCUCCCCACCGGCGGCGAGGAGGGGUCGUACUACGCGCUCGACCUCGGCGGCACCAACUUCCGCGUCCUCCGCGUGCGGCUUGCCGGCGGCGGCGUCGCCGAGCGCGUGGCGAGGGAGGUCCCGAUCCCUCCCGGCCUCAUGUCCGGCGGCGGCGCCACCUCGGAGUGCCUCUUCGGCUUCAUCGCCUCCGCGCUAGCCGAGUUCGUCGGCGAGGAGGAAGAAGAAGGCGGCCUCGACGGCGGCGAGAGGGAGCUUGGGUUCACCUUCUCCUUCCCCGUGCACCAAACCUCCAUCGCGUCGGGGACGCUCAUCCGGUGGACGAAGGCGUUCGCCGUCGACGACGCGAUCGGCGAGGACGUCGUGGCGGCGCUGCAGGCGGCCAUGUCGGAGCGGGGGCUCGACAUGCGCGUGUCGGCGCUCAUCAACGACACCGUCGGGACGCUCGCCGCGGGCAGCUACUACGACGAGGACGUCGUGGCCGCCGUCAUCCUCGGCACCGGCACGAACGCCGCCUACGUCGAGGACGCCACCGCCAUCGCCAAGCUACACCCAUCGCAGCUGCCAGCAUCGAACACCAUGGUGAUCAACACCGAGUGGGGCAGCUUCGCCUCGCCGUGCCUCCCAUUGACGGAGUUCGACGAAGCACUCGAUCAGGAGAGCCUCAACCCCGGCGAGCAGACCUACGAGAAGCUCAUCUCCGGGAUGUACCUCGGCGAGAUCGUCAGGAGGGUCCUCCUCAAGAUCUCCUCCCGGUGCCCCUCCCUCCUCGGCGGCGCCGGCGAGCUCGCGACGCCGUUCGUCCUCAGGACACCCGACGUGUCCGCGAUGCACCACGACGAGACGCCCGACCUGAGCAUCGUCGGCGAGAAGCUGGAACGCACGCUGGGCAUCCGCGGCACGUCGCCGGAGGCGAGGAGGAUGGUCGUCGAGGUGUGCGACAUCGUCGCCACGAGGGCCGCCCGGCUGGCCGCGGCGGGGAUCGUCGGGAUCCUGAAGAAGAUCGGGAGGGUCGACGGCGGCGAGGGGCGGAGGAGGAGGUCGGUGGUCGCCGUGGACGGCGGGCUGUUCGAGCACUACGGCAAGUUCCGGCGGUGCAUGGAGAGCGCGGUGAGGGAGCUGCUCGGAGAGGCGGCGGCGGAGAGGGUGGUCGUCAAGCUCGCCAGCGACGGCUCCGGGCUCGGCGCCGCCCUGGUUGCAGCUGCUCACUCGCAGAGAGCAUAAUAUUGAAUUGUGGUGAAAUAUGCGUGUGUUUGAAACAAGCUUGAAUGAUUUGAAUAUUUGAUGCGAUUUGCAAAACCACAUAUGAAAUAGAAGCAUUAUGUAUAUUCUGAAACCAGGGCUCAAUUUUUAGUUUUUGCUAUUUCCA